AUGAUAUUUGUGAAGAAAGAGUUAAAGAGGUUUAAGACAAUGCUGAGUUCAGAUCUCCCAGAAGGCUUUGAGAGUCAGAGGGAGGAUGAGGAAGGUGUGGACCCUGAAGAUGAGAAGCAGGAGAGCAGUGCCAAAGAGGGGGCUCUGAAGAUCACACUGCAUGUCCUGAGGAACAUGAACCAGAAGGAUCUUGCUGACACACUGGAGAAAACCAGCAGAAUCAUCUCACACAUAAAGACAUCAAGGAGCCUCCACAUCAUGUGUCACAUACCAGUCUUCUGUUGGAUCGUUGCUACAAUCCUUGAGUACAUGUUGACUACAGAUGAUGAAGGAGAGCUGCCCAAGACCCUAACAGACAUGUACUCACAUUUCCUUGUGUUUCAGUCCACACACAGGAAUGUAAAGUAUGAUGGGAAAAAAGAGACCGAUCCACACUGGAAUAAAGAGAGCAUUCUCACACUGGGAAAACUGGCUUUUAACCAGCUACAGAAAGGCAAUCUGAUAUUCUAUGAAGACGACCUGAAAGAGUGUGACAUUGAUAUCAAUGAAGCAUCAGUGUACUCAGGAGUCUGUACACAGAUCUUUAAAGAGGAAUGUGGGCUGAACCAGGACAAGGUGUUCUGCUUUGUCCAUCUGAGUAUUCAGGAGUUUCUAGCUGCUGUCUAUGUGUUUCUAACAUUCAAAAACAGCAAUAAGAAUCUAUUGGAUGAACAACAAUCAACUUUCAUAACACGUCUCCUCUGGACAAUACCUGAAAUAGAUUUUCACAGGACUGCUGUGGAUAAAUCCUUCCAGAGUAAGACUGGACACCUGGACCUUUUCCUUCGCUUCCUUCUGGGUCUCUCACUGGAGUCAAAUCAGAACCAUUUACGAGGUCUACUGACAAAGACCAGAAGCAGUUCACAGAGCCAUAAAGAAACAGUCAAGUACAUCAAGGAGAAGAUCAGGGAGAAUCCCUCUUCAGAGAAGUGCAUCAAUCUGUUCCACUGUCUGAAUGAACUGAAUGACCAUUCUCUAGUGGAGGAGAUCCAAAGAUACCUGAGUUCAGGAAGUCUCUCCAGAGAAGAACUGUCACCUGCACAGUGGUCAGCUCUGGUCUUUGUGUUACUGACUUCAGAAGAGGAGAUUGAUGUGUUUGACCUGAAGAAAUACUUCACAUCAGAGAAAGGUCUUCUGGGGUUGUUGCCAGUGAUCCAAACCUGCAGAACUGCUCUAUUGUCAGGUUGUGGAAUCACUGAGAAAGGCUGUGCUUCUCUGGUCUCAGCUCUGAAGUCAAACCCCUCACACCUGAAAGAACUGGAUCUGAGUAACAAUCAACCAGAGGAUUCAGGAGUGAUUGUGAUCUCUGCUUUGAUGGAGGAUCCACAAUGUAGACUGGAGACUCUGAGACUGUCAGGUUGUAGAAUCACUGAGGAAGGCUGUGCUUCUCUGGUCUCAGCUCUGAAGUCAAACCCCUCACACCUGAAAGAACUGGAUCUGAGUAACAAUCAGCCAGAGGAUUUAGGAGUGAAGAAACUCUCUGCUUUGAUGGAGGAUCCACAAUGUAGACUGGAGACUCUGAGACUGUCAGGUUGUAGAAUCACUGAGGAAGGCUGUGCUUCUCUGGUCUCAGCUCUGAAGUCAAACCCCUCACACCUGAAAGAACUGGAUCUGAGUAACAAUCAGCCAGAGGAUUUAGGAGUGAAGAAACUCUCUGCUUUGAUGGAGGAUCCACAAUGUAGACUGGAGACUCUGAGACUGUCAGGUUGUGGAAUCACAAAGAAAGGCUGUGCUUCUCUGGUCUCAGCUCUGAAGUCAAACCCCUCACACCUGAAAGAACUGGAUCUGAGUAACAAUCAGCCAGAGGAUUCAGGAGUGAAGAAACUCUCUGCUUUGAUGGAGGAUCCACAAUGUAGACUGGAGACUCUGAGACUGUCAGGUUGUAGAAUCACUGAGGAAGGCUGUGCUUCUCUGGUCUCAGCUCUGAAGUCAAACCCCUCACACCUGAAAGAACUGGAUCUGAGCUACAAUCAGCCAGAGGAUUUAGGAGUGAAGAAACUCUCUGCUUUGAUGGAGGAUCCACAAUGUAGACUGGAGACUCUGAGACUGUCAGGUUGUGGAAUCACUGAGGAAGGCUGUGCUUCUCUGGUCUCAGCUCUGAAGUCAAACCCCUCACACCUGAAAGAACUGGAUCUGAGUAACAAUCAGCCAGAGGAUUCAGGAGUGAAGAAACUCUCUGCUCUGCUGAAGGAUCCACAAUGUAGACUGGAGACUCUGAGGCUGUCAGGCUGUCUGGUCACAGAGCAAGGCUGUUCUUCUCUGGUCUCUGCUCUGAAGUCAAACCCCUCACACCUGAAAGAACUGGAUCUGAGCUACAAUCAUCCAGGAGACUUGGGAGUCAGACUGCUCUCUGCUGGUCUGGAGGAUCCACACUGGAGACUGGAGAUACUCAAUAUGGAUCAUGGUGGAGAGUGGAGGUUGAAAUCAGGCCUGAAGAAAUAUGUCUGUGAUCUCACACUGGACCCAAACACAGUAAACAGAGAACUCUCUCUGUCUGAGGAGAACAGAAAGGUGACAUGGAGGAGAGAGGAGCAGCCGUAUCCUGAUCACCCAGAGAGAUUUGAGGACUGGCCACAGGUGUUGUGUAGAGAGGGUCUGUCUGGACGCUGUUACUGGGAGGUAGAGUGGAGUGGGAGAAGGGCUUGUAUAGGAGUGACAUAUAAAGGAAUCAACAGGAGAGGAGUGGGUGAUGACUGUUGUCUUGGACACAAUGACAAGUCCUGGAGUCUGGACUGUUAUGACAACUGUUACUCAGUCUGGCACAAUAAGAAGACAACUUACAUACCUGUCACCUCCUCAGACCCCCACAGAGUAGGAGUGUAUCUGGACUGGCCAGCCGGCACUCUGUCCUUCUACAGGGUCUCCUCUGACACACUGACCCACCUGUACACAUUCAACACCACAUUCACUGAGCCCCUCUAUCCAGGGUUUUAUGUUUAUAAUGACUCC